AUGAGCUCCCCUUCCCAGACCCCUAGUCCGUCCCCCACCCAGUCCCCCUCCCAGUCCCGAACCAACCACAACAACAGCCCCGCCAACCAGCAGCCGCAGUCCAACCCGGGCGGCUCCGCCCCUUCCCCACCCCCCAGCCGGGGGCCCGCCUCCCGCCCCCCCUCUCACCCUCCCACCCCCGCCCCCUCACAGCCCUCCUCCCGGGCUCCCUCCCUGUCCCCCAGCCCUCAUGUCCAACACGCGUCUCGAGGGCCUGCCCCGAACCCCACGCCGCCCGCCUCCAAGUCUCCCUCCCAGUCCGGCUUGAAACCCUUGUCCCGAAACUCUUCCCAGUCGCCCGCCAAGUCCCCCUCGCAGAGCCCCGCCCCCUCGGCCUCCUACAUCGGGUGCAUCCCGGGCAUCCCAGCCUACAUCACCCCCUACGUGCCCCGCUUCCUGAAGGAGCCCCCCUUCUUCCAGCCCCCCACGGCGCCACUGCCCCUGUACCCGGCCUACGACCGCGAGCGCCCCGCGCCCCCCUCCUCGCUCUACUUCCCCCUGCUGCCGCCCCCCGCCCCCCUCCCGCCGCUCCGCUGCUCCUACCGGACUCCGCCCGCGCUGCUCGCGCCGCCCUCCUCGCUCACCUACUCGCCGCCCCUGGAGGUGCUGGUGGGCGGCAAGCCGCCCGCCGUGCCCAGCGUGCUGCCGGCCACCUUCUACACGCCCUUCUCGCGCUACUACUCGCAGCCGCGCGCCUACCGCAGCGCCCCCCGCCGCCGGCCCAGCCCCGGCGGCGUCUCCUACGCCUCGUACCCCCACGGCCACUACGGCCACUCCGGCCACUGCGACAGCCUGAGCCGCUCUGUGCACUUCUACUCC